CUACUCUAGCUUUACUCCAUGAACCCCUGCAGAUGAACCCAAAGGGGGAAGCCGAGGUUCUAGCUUUCAUGCAGACUGACCCUUGCGAAUAUUCGGAAACAUUUGAGUCCAGACAGGUAAUGCUAUGGUGAGGUGUGUGAGCGAUGACGGAUGUGGAGGCGACCUACGAGGACUUCAUCGCUUCUCGACGAUCUGGGCGCAGGAACGCCAUCCAUGAGAUCGCAGGAAGCGCGGGGGUGCAGGGAGCAGCCGACCUGUCCCAAACUCUAGCACAGCUUAAUAUCAACAAAUCUGGUGACGAGGAAGAUGACACCGAAAAAGGCCAGGACUCUUCACCAAAAGAAGAGGAGGCUCAAGCUGAAGGCUCCUAAGUGGUAAUGGAUGCCAUGCACUAUGAUCCCAUAAUACUUGGGGGUUUGAACCAAGAGAGAAAUGCAAGAAAACUCCUGAUUGCCAUCAUCCCACCAGCAUUUACCAUCAGUCCAGCCACCUUUAUGUUAAUAACUAGGUUUCUUGCUUGUUUUAUUUUGUGCUUUGUUAAAAACAGACUGGAUUUGAUAUGUAAAGUUUGUAUAGCAUGAUGUAAACUAAGCCAGGUCCUUCUAUUCUGUUUGUAGUCCUGAGUGUAAAAGAAGAAAGGAAACAGACACAAAACAGGUUAAUUAGGGGAUUUUUUAUUUUGAGGGAGUCUCAUGUUUGGAUAAAUUAAAGCUUGCCUCCCUUCUCCCUGUUCUGCCUUGACUCAACCAGCAUUCAUGCAUCUGAACCACUCCCAGGAAAAUGUGACCAGGGACUAAAAACACUGCCCUGAGACGCCUGCACACACGCUCUCCGUCUGAUGCUGUUUCUUUGCUCUCUCAGUAAUUUUCUGUAUGUGUACUUUUUUUCUUUGAGCCAUAGAUCUGGUUUAGCUACUUAACCGGCUUUGUUGACUCUCUUUCAGUCCAUCUGCCUCUGGGAAUAUUGGCUGCAGCUGAUGGAAAUAAUGAUUAGUUAAUGCACUUUUAAAUCAGUGGAAAGUAGCAUUUAAAUCUCCAGUUUUCUAAAGCACACAACAGGUUAGAAGUCAUGUUGAGAAUUUUUUUUCUGAUUUCCAAUUCUUUUUUUUAUAUCUUAUAGUAAUAUUUUGUAAUGUAGCUAACUCCUCCAUCAUUUGCAGGUGGAUUAUUUUGCACAAAAAAAGUUAUGAUUUGUUAAUUCUUGGAUAUUAUUUUGCCAUUAAAUUUGGAUGAAACACUUAAAACACACAUCUUUACUUGGUGAUUUUUUUUCUUACUGCAGAAUUAUACCUUUUAAUGUGUAUGAGGAGCGUAUCCCCUCUAAAAUGCUGAUCUCCAUACAGUACUGCCAUGCAUCAUGUCUACAUGGUUGCUUCUUUGCUGUCUCAUUUGGAAAAAUUGCACUACUGAUGCCACUCGGAUCAAUCAUGGGUGGAUUAAGAUUUACUCUUUCAUUUUGAUGGAGUCACCUUUGGCUUGCACUCUCUUAAACCUUUACGUAGUAAAAUAAGAAAAAUAACCAAAAAACUGUAAAAGUUCUUUGUUUUGUUGAAAUGAACUGAAAAUUUCAAGAUGCACUCAAAGUCUUUGUUAAAUCCAUGAUGUGAAAGAAUUUAUUUAGUGAUAUUUGAAUGUCUGAUAAUUUUCUCCUAUCUAAGAUUAUUCAAGGGUAUUAUUCAGAAUCAUUUUGUACAGCAACUCAGGUGUAAUGAGAUUUUCUAAAUGAUCAGAACUGUUGCAUUGCCACUGUUUUGAAAUGUUUCUAGUUUCUUGACAGCAUCUUUGACGCUUUGAUAUUUUCUCUUGUGAUUUGUAAUUUAAAAUAACUGCAGAAGUGUGGCGGUGCAGAAGCUGGUGUGGUCACUGCCUCCCUCUGGUGGUCAGAACCAGCAAUUAAUUAGGAGCCAUAUGACAAACACUGUUUGAGAUACAACAGCAUAAAAUACUUUGUCCAUUUAUAGCUGUGCAUUUAUAGUGAUACAAUGCUUGAUGUGUUUGAACUGUUUUCUACUUACUGAUUUGGUUUUCUAUGAUGGGCUCGCUGUUGAACAUGAGCUGUAAUCCAUGUUUUCUCUUUGUGUGUCAGUGGAGGGUAGUAUGCAGACAUAACAAGCAACUUUAGGUUAUGCCCAAAAUGCACAUUUAUUGACCGCCACUAAUGUCCAUUAAAAAGAAAGUUGUCUAAGGAAUCAGCCAGAGUUAUACCAUGGCCUUGCUGGUGUCUUAAAGUGUCUGAUUUUUCUGAAACCUGCUAAAGGAAAAGUAUCCGAUAAUGCAUAGAGGUUUGUGAACAUGUUUGUUAAAUGUAAAGCUUGUAAGCCUGAAUAAUAAAAAAAUAAAAACAA